AUGAGUGACAAGACCUCAUCCACUACGCCGGUGACCAUUGUGGUCGAGCAUCUGGACCCGGAACUGGGCGCCUGGUCUGCUCUAGAGUAUGGUUGUAUCGCACGAGAGUCCCAUGCAUCAGGCAGUAAAUUUCUCUUAAGCUCGGUGCCCACGUCUCUACAAAUGCCAGAUGAGCUCGCAGCUACAAAGGGACUAGAGAUUGAGCACCGCAGCAUCGAGGAGGUUUUCGCGGACCGUAAAUCAAAAGUCUGCCUUUUGGAUCCUUCUGCCAAGGUCGAGCUGAGUCCUGCCGAUGGCGACAAUUUUGAAGUUUUCUUAUUCGGUGGAAUCUUGGGUGAUGAUCCUCCACGAGACCGUACAUCUGAAUUGAGGAAGAAGGGCUAUGCUGGUAGGCGACUUGGUCCUGUGCAGAUGACAACUGAUACAGCCGUGCGGGUUACCCGCAUGGUCGUUCAUGACAGAGUGCCAUUGGAGGAAAUCCAAUACGUUGACCACCCGGAGAUCGUAGUCAAUGAGCAUGAGCGCACCGAAAUGCCUUUCCGCUAUGUCAAGGACAGCUCUGGGAAGCCCAUUAUGCCCGAGGGUAUGAUCGAUCUGAUUAAGAAGGACACUGAGAAAGGUAUCGAUGAUCUCUUCUAG